AUGGCAACCAAUGAUGAUCUUGAUGAUUUCUUUAAAAAGAAAGAUCGAAAAGGUAAUAAACAUAAAAAACCAACUGGUAUAUUAACAAAUAAUGAAGAAUUACUUAAACAAUUAGUCAUUGUUACAUCAGCUACAUCAGCAUUUAAAGAAAAUAUGGAUUUCGAUGAAGAAGAUGAAGAUACGAGUAUUAAUAAUCAAAAUCGUCGUCAAUUAAAUGAUGAAUCAAAUGGUAUUGUGAAUGUUUAUGAAGAUAAUCAAACGCUUAUUAAUAAAAGUCGACCACAUGUAAUAUCAACUAAUAAUAAAAAUAAAAAUUCAACUAAAUUAACAGUACAAGAUAAUCAGAAUAAUAUUAAUGAACAACCAACUGGUAUUGUACAACAAGAUGAAUGGGAAGAAUUCGAAAAUUCGAACCCAAAAUAUGAUCAAUUACGUUUAAAAUUUUCACGUGGUACAAAUGAUCAUAAUCAUUCUGAUGAAGAUGAAGAUGAUGAUUAUUAUGAUGAUGGUCAUAAUACAAAUAAUCAUGAUUUAAAUACUGACGCUAAUACAAAUAAUAUUGGUGGUGAUAAUGAUGAACAAUCGUCACGUAAUAAUAAUCGACGUCGUGAACAACAAAAAGAUAAGCCUGUUUGGAAAUUAGAUCAAGUUAAACAAACUGAACUAAUACAAACAAAUGAAACGGUUGAUUCGAAAGUAGAUAAAGUUGCUGAAUUACCAUCGAAACCUGCAACAACGGCAUCGGGAGUUUAUCGACCACCUCAAUUACGUAGUAACUCAUCAGUUACUAUUGUUAGUGGUUUUAAUCAACGAACAUCGAAAAAAGAAAAACCAAAUUUAGCUUCAACUGAAGAAUUUCCAACACUUGAAGCAGCUAUUAAUAAAAAAUAA